AUUUCAGUAGUAUAUGAAAGAGAAUCUCCAAACAGAAUUAGAUUUUAUUAAUGAAGCUAUAAACAUGGAGAGAUGUGCCAAAGAUUUGAAGCAUUUAUCAUUUGUUCAUGUUCCCAAGGUUUAUUGGAAUAUGUCUUCUAAACGAAUUUUAACUGCAGAAUUUAUUGACGGAGUUAAAGUAGAUGAUAUUGAAGGGAUAAAGAAAAUGGGAUUAGAUAUUGCUGAUGUUGGUAAGAAGAUGGUUCGAGCUUUUGCUGAGCAGAUUUUUCAUACAGGAUUUGUUCAUGCUGAUCCUCAUCCUGGAAAUGUUUUUGUUCGUAAAGGGAAGAACAAUGAAGCUGAAAUAGUGCUGUUAGAUCAUGGAUUAUAUGAAUAUUUGCCAGAAAGCAACCGUUUGUCUCUGUGUAAGUUGUGGAAAUCAAUUAUUUUGAAUGAUCAGAAGAAUAUGAAAAAAUAUUGCUCACAACUUGGUGUAAAAGAUUACUACUUAUUUUGUGAAAUCUUAAUGCAGAGACCAUUAAAUAGGAAUCAGUUACACAUUCCAAAUCGCCUUACAGAUGAAGAAGCCAAGUAUAUGAAGAAGAUGGCUCAGGAACAUUUUGAUAGUAUAAUGGUUGUUAUACGUAGCUUACCUUUACCAAUGCUGCUGGUCUUCAGGAACAUCAAUACAGUAAGAUCCAUAAUUAAAUUCCAUGGGGAUCAAAUUGAUCGUUACAUACUUAUGGCUAAAAUUGCCACUCAAGGUGCUUAUGAUAGAUUUAAUGGAAAUCUGUUGCAAUCUUUUAUUGGAUUGAUUGAUUUGUUAAAGCUUGAUAUGAAACUAAGGAUGGAUUCUUUGAGGAUGUAUUUCACAGUUUUGUAUCUGCGAAUAUUGGUAUUUCUGGGCCGUGCAAGUGAAAAAAGUGCUACUCAAGUUAUAGAGUUAUUAAGAUAAAUAUCCUUUACUCUGUAUUUACAAGAGAUAUAUGAAAUAAAUAUUUAUAAUUAGUUUUGUAAA